AUGUACGAUAACAAGUCAAAUUGCAAUGCCGGGGUUGCUGAGGACAGCGAACCAACAAUUGAGCACGACCCCGACGACCCCGACAAUGAUGAGUACUGGGUAGACAACGACGCCCAUGACCCUGGCCGCCUUGCAGCACAAACGACGAGCCCGAUGGCUGACAUCAACGUGCACGGACCCGGCGGCUCUAACGAUGCGGCAGGCAAAGGGCCUGGGACCACCAGCGACCAUGCCCCGCCCGCCAAAAAGGACAUUGUCGCACGCUUUCAACGCAACGCCCACAGCGCUGCUUCCUCGCUGCCUUCUCGUCACUUCACCGCAACGGAAAAGCGACUCACACCACGGAAGGACUUCUCGUGA